CACCUUCUGCAGCAUGAACUCCUCGACCUUCCUCUCGAGGUCCGGGUCCGUGAAAAAUUCGCAGACGUACUGCUGGAGGUCCUCCGGCGUGUCGUCGAGGAGUUUCGCCAUGAGCAGCCGGAUGGCGCCGCGCAGCUCGGGGUGCUGCCGGAUGUACUCCUCGUUCUCCUCGCGCAGCUUCUGCUUGGCCGCGGCGAGCGCGGCCUCGUGCUCCUGCGAGAGGAGGCCGUCGGGCAUCGUCUCGACGGCGGCGAGCUGAGGUCUUCGGUCACGGGUCCGACUGCGUGGCUGGUGCGGCGUCGGGCGUUGCGUCUGCUGGCGUCUGGUGGCGCUGGUCUGGGGCAGCCUCGACCGGCGUUCCGGUGCUGCGUCUAGCGGGCGGCACUGGUCCGGUCCCGGGGUAGCGUCGACUGGCGUCUACCGUCCUGGUCCGAGGUGUGCGAGAGGCAGCCAAGUUUGUGGCAGCCGUCGAGCC